AUGAUGACUGCUGCAUCCAUAGCCUCCACGGACAUAGGGCUGCUGCUGCAAGAUGAUGUUUUUGUUGACUUUUUCAACAUCUUUCUGAACCUUCCUGUUUUUGGGCAGACACCCCUUUACAUCAGCGGCACGGGCCGGUGGUGCCUGUGGCCAGAGCUGCCGAGCCACCUGGAUGCCAGCCCCGCGGCUUUACUGGCUUGGUUGGAAAAGCAGCGGCUGCCUCACUUCUGCAAAUCCAGCCUGUGCCUGCACCUGGUGCUCUGCCAGAAGCUGCUGGGUUUCAUUCGCUCGGGGGAAGCAGCAGAGCUCCUGAACUGGCAGAGUGCUGACCAGUGGCUGCUGGAGAGGUGCAUCGGCGGGACACAGGGCAUGCGGCACUUCUGCGCCUUCCUCCGAGGGACAGCAGGGGAAGAACUGAUCGACUUCUGGCUCAUCACUGAAAGGCUCCUGGAUCUGGACGAGUCAGAUGAGAGUCAGAGGGAGCUGUUCUUGUCCCUGGUGCACAGGCUGAGAGCCACUCACCUGCGUGAGGGCUCCAGCGUCAUCACCUUCUGCACCACCAUCGUGGGAUCUCUUCCGAAAGCCAGGCACAUCCAGUCCAUCAGCACCAGGAGGGAGAUCCUAAGCAAGAUGCAGGAACAGGUCCUUUUUAUGAUUCAGAGUUACUGGCUCCCUAAAUUCUUCGUGCACUGCAAGAUGGGAAUGGAGGAAGAGGAAUCGUGCUGGCCUUUGCUCCAGGAAUAUCAGGAACGUUUAUCACAGGCUGGCUGGCAGCAGCCCCCAGGCCCUUCAGAGCCCCUCCCCACGAUGCACAUCAAAAGGAGCCAGGGUGUGCCAGGGCCCUACUGCAGCCAGAAGGCCAAAGCAGAGGUCUGGGCUCUGGUCAAGGAGGGCAGAGACACCCAAGAAUUGAAAAUGGCCACUUUUCGGGUGAAAGCAGAGAAGCAGCCAGAGCCAGCUGGGAGUAGGGAGGAAUUGUGUCUGGAUAAGGAUGCUCUGGGAUCGAUUCCCCAGCAGUCACAGCAUCCUGCCUUUGGAGGCAGAGGAGGAGCAACAUUUCCUAGCAGACCUCAGUCCAGUGCAGAGCAGGAUCUAGAAAACGUCUGUAAGGAGAAAAUCCUCUCUGACCUGCUUCCCUCUGCAUCCCUUGCCCGGCUGCCAUCCCUGAAAAAGCCAGUCAAGACCUUGGAUUUCCUUCCCUGGGCUCUGAGUGCCGAGGCCUGUGCAGGAAGACCCUUCAGAGAUUUCUUGCAGCACCAGAACCGGCCCAUGGAGACUCAUCUCCUGGAUCUGUGGCAAGACCUGGAGGAGUUUCUGCCCGUGGUGCUGGACUCCAACAGAGAAAACAGCUUCUUCCUGCGCCAUUUGAUUGGGGAAAAGAUCUGCAAGACCUACCUGGAGGACAGCAGCAUUGAGAAGCUCCCCUUGGAGACCAGGACUCUCGUCAGUUUGUGGAACCAUCUGAUAUGUGGAGAAUUCUCCCCCUGGAUAUUCAGAGCCCAGAAAGAGAUUUGUAAGGUGCUCUGUGGCCUCUAUGAGGAAUUUCUGGCUGCUGAUGACAGGACAUUCCUCCAGUUUAUGGCUCCAGGCAUGGAUGUCCCCAUGGCUGAAGUGCCAGGCCGUGCUGCUGGCAGAUGGGGACAUUUCCACUUGUCCCAGAGGAUGAACCAGUCCCUGCAGCUGAGCCAGGCCUUGCAUGGCACAAGGAGCUUGGAGGGGGUCUCCUCCAAGCACUGGCAAUUGCUUGCUGCUCAGGACCUGCAGAAAGGGGGUUCCAUCCAGGCAGAGAUGGAGCUGCUCCUGGGCAGCGCUGAAUUCCAGAGGAUGAUAGGAGAUGAGCUGGCUGUGGGCAGCCCAAGCAAGGAAGAGGAGCUUCUGCAGCUCAUGAGCGCAGCACUCGCUGUUGCAUCUGAGAGGAUUGCUCGAGAGAAUGCUGCUGCUGCUGCAAGGAAGAGGGCAGCUAGAAAACGCAGCUUUGAGGACGAGGAUGACGAAGAUGAUGAGGAUGAUGAGGAUGAGGAAGAGGAGGAAGGACCCUACUAUCAGAAGAAGAAGAAGACAGAGAAGCAUAAAAAGAAAGAGAAGCAGAAAAAACAGAAGCAGAAGAGGAAGGAACAGCAGCAGGAGGAGGAUUUGUUUCCCUGGAGCAAAAAGCCCAGGUCUAGGCGUCCUCGGCUUGUGAAGGAAGGGCCAGAGGACCUCAAGACACCAAGGAUGGGAUGGGCCUGGGAUGCCAUCCGGGAGCUUGUCAGGAGCUUCUGCAAGUUCCAGAGGGACAUGAAGAAUCACACACGGCGUGCAGAAUUUGAGGAGUUUCUCCGUCAGGAGCGAAGAAACAAGAGGGAAAAUUUGCCUGUCAAGGAGAAGAAGAGCAAAAGUCCUGCCAAGAGCCCCCACAAGGACAAGGGCAAGGGCAAGGGCAAAGGGCAGGUGCAGAAGGUGACGCUGGUCAAACGCCGCAUUUUGGACAAACAGCUCAUCAUCGUCAGCUUCCUCGUCGACGACCUCCGCUUUUACCUGGAGAUAGACAAGUUUUCCAGGCUGGCUGACUGCAUGGAAGCUACAACACCCUGCAACAUGCAGUCAGAAAAGCAUAGUUCCUUUCUCAAAAAGAAACUUGAGGUCAUCAGCCAAGUUUUCCUGAACUCUGACGUCCCCCCCAAGCUGCGGGUCAACAUCUCUGAGAAAGAGAGGGAUUUAAUCUGGCGUUCAUCUUCCAAGGGGCCACUGACCCGGGCCAUCUACCACAACGCCAAGGUCGCCCUCUUCCCCAUCCUGAUGUACUUCUGGAGAAGGUUCUGCACCUGGAAGGUGAUGAGGAGCUUUCGGGCCUACCAGGAGGUCAUGAGCUCUAGCACCCAUCAGGAGGAGGAGAGCUUUCAGCUCACCAAGGAGGACGGGAGCUCCCAGGUCCAGCAGGAGAGGAGCUCUCAGGAGCCCAAGGGAGGCAGGAGAUCCCAGGUCCAGCAGGAGAGCAGCUCUCAGGAGCCCAAGGGAGGCAGGAGAUCCCAGGUCCAACAGGAGAGGAGCUCUCAGGAGCCCAAGGGAGGCAGGAGAUUCCAGGUCCAACAGGAGAGGAGCUCUCAGGAGCCCAAGGGAGGCAGGAGAUCCCAGUUCAAACAGCAGGAGAGGAGUUCUCAAGAGCCCAAGGGGAGCAGGAGCUCCCGGGGCCGCAAGGAGGGCAGGGUUCCGGCCUCUUCACCUCCUGGAAAAAGCUCCUCCAAAGCACCCAAGACACCCGGGCCCAAGAAGAUGGUGGCCAUUCCCUCUGCUACACAUUAUAGUCCAGGUAAAAAGGCUGUCCUCACCUACACGAUGUCAGAAGGCCUCGAGUUCCUGCUGCCACGGCCCCCAAAGAAAACGGAGCCUCCAGAGGAGAAAAAAGGACCUAAGGGAAUCUCAGCCCUCCCAAAACAACACCCACACAGGUGUGAUCCAAGGAAGCUGAGCAGCCUGGACACAGGGAAUUGUUUGCACUCAGCAAUAAGAAACCUAAAAAUAAAGCAACUCACAGCAUUCUCCAGCUUACCUGGUGACAGCACAGCAGCUCACAGCUCACAGCCAUGGCAGGGACGUGCUGUGACAUGUUUCCAGCUGAAACACCACACAAAUCUCCCUCCUCACGUGCAUCUGUAAGAUGCAGCUCCUCACCUUCCCGCACAAAUGAAAUACUUCCUGUGAGAGCCCAUUUGGUUCACUUACUCAGCUGGCUGCUGAGAUGGGGCCUUUUUUUGCCAAAGCCUUUCUGAUCUUCCAGCAAAAAUCAGCUCAUGCCUGACUGGGGCUUCAGCAUGCUUUUUUGGUGAGGUUUUGGUUUUUUGUUGGUUGUUUUUAAGCCAGUGUGUGUUUACAAAGCACUAACCAAAUCAUAGCAAGACCCUUCAUUUUCCCCAGGUGAAACUGAGUCAAAGUGACUUUGCCAAGUCACCAGGAAGCUGCAGAAACCACAAAUAUUCUUUGGACCUUGUGAAGAAAAGACCUUUAUCAUUUUGUCAGAGGCAAGCUCUCAGCUUUGUCAUUUUGAGCUAUUUUUGUCCACUUUUUAAUCCCAGAUCCUAGAAGAAUGCAUCCUGGGAAUAACACCAGGUACAUUUUAAGGCAGAGGACAACGUGUUUCAUAUUUAUGAGUUCUGAUUAUCAACACUUUGCCUCUGGAGGAUCAAAAAUACCCAAACCCAAGAACAUUUAUUGAACUGAAGGGCCUGGGAAGCUGAUACCAUUCCUACAACACAAAAUGUGACCAACUCUCAAAACUGCUGUUCUGGAAGUUGAUUUUGCCCCAAAAGCUUUCAGCCUCAAAACCUUGCUGUGUUUUUGUGUGCUUUUCACCAACACUCCCGAGCCCAGCUGAGCCCAGGCUCUCUAAAGCCUCGCAGAUGUGCCUGAAGCUCAGCACAGCAAAACCAAAGCCUCAGAACAGCCUUCACUCCACUGCUUCUGUGGGUUGCUUUGUGCGUUUGUUUUUCAGAGCAGCAGAUGAGCCACGGGGAGCUGGGAGCAUCCCUGUGCACACAAGCAUGUACACCCUCAGCAUGCAAGAGCCAGGACAGGGAGCACCUGAUCCCAUCACUGGGCUCAGCCAGCUGUCCUGGGGAGCCCCAGCAGAGCAAAAAGGCAGAGGCACAGCAAAUGCAGGCAGGACAGCAGGGCAAUGAAGCGUGUGGGGUCAAAUCACACUCCCGGGCACCCUUUGUGGGCUGCAAACCUGCCUGAGGAAAAGGCAGCACCUCCCAGGUGGGCACUGCUGCUGGGACAUGCCACAGCACUAAUUUUGGCAGCUGGUUCUGCCCCCAGCUCCCCAGGACAGCUCCAUCUUCGGGCUGUGCCCCAGACACUGCCACACCACCAGCUGCAGCGCUGCCCGGCAGUUUUCCGUCCUGCCUGGUGUCUCACUGGCCCGUUCUCCUGGGAGAGGCAGCCUGGUGUUUUUCACAGAAUUCGCAGGAUCACAGCAUGACCAGCUUGGAAGAGACCUCCAAGAUCAUUGAGUCCAACCCAGCCCCAA